AUGUGUGGGGAUGCAUGUCUCAUAAGAUGACAUAAACAACACCAACUCAUGACUCAUGAUUCUUUAUAAGUGCAAACACCCCCUCAUAUUGGCUCAAUCUCAUAGUUCUAUCUCUUGUACACUCUUUUAAUCAUCUUGAAUUUGUGUUACCGAAAAGACUCAAUCUUUCGGUCAAGAGAAAGAAUGGAAAGAAAGUUUGAACAAGGCUUAGGUGGUUCUCAUCAUCAUCAUCCAUGUGUAGAGAUAGAUAUGGAGAUUCAUAAGGUUGAGACGCCACCAAAGAGAAGCAGUUUUCAAAAGAUAAAGAAUAGGCUCAAAGAAACUUUCUUUCCUGAUGACCCUCUUAGGCAGUUCAAAGGGCAAUCUAGUAAGCGAAAAUGGCUACUUGGUUUUCAAUACAUUUUUCCUAUACUUCAAUGGGGUCCUCAUUACAACCUUAAUCUACUCAAAUCUGAUGUUGUUUCUGGUCUAACAAUUGCUAGUUUAGCCAUUCCUCAGGGUAUAAGCUAUGCAAAGCUUGCCAAUCUCCCUCCUAUUGUUGGUCUAUAUUCAAGCUUUGUGCCACCACUAGUGUAUGCUGUGUUAGGGAGCUCAAGAGAUCUAGCAGUUGGACCAGUGUCAAUAGCAUCACUAUUGAUGGGGUCAAUGCUAAGACAAGAAGUGUCACCAACCCAAGACCCUCUUUUGUUUCUUCAAUUGGCCUUCACUUCUACCUUCUUUGCUGGCCUCUUUCAAGCCUCUCUUGGGUUUCUAAGGCUUGGGUUCAUUAUUGACUUCUUGUCAAAGGCUACACUUAUUGGAUUCAUGGCUGGGGCUGCAAUCAUUGUAUCACUUCAACAAUUGAAAGCUCUUCUUGGCAUCACACAUUUCACUAAAGAAAUGGGUUUGGUUCCUGUUAUGUCCUCUAUCUUUCACAACACUAAAGAGUGGUCGUGGCAAACGAUCUUGAUGGGGUUUUGUUUUCUCGUAUUCCUGCUUGUGACGAGACACAUUAGCAUUAAAAAACCAAAGCUAUUUUGGAUAUCAGCAGGAGCACCUCUGCUUUCAGUGGUCCUCUCUACCAUCAUUAUUUUUGUUUCCAAAGCACAACACCAUGGCAUUUCUGUGAUUGGAAAAUUAGAACAAGGAUUAAAUCCACCUUCAUGGAACAUGUUGCAUUUUCAUGGAAGUCAUAUUGGUUUAGUCUUGAAAACUGGUCUUGUAACUGGCAUCAUUUCCCUCACUGAAGGGAUUGCUGUAGGAAGAACAUUUGCUGCCUUGAAGAAUUACCAAGUUGAUGGUAACAAAGAAAUGAUUGCAAUUGGAGUCAUGAAUGUUGUUGGUUCUACCACUUCAUGCUAUGUCACUACCGGUGCAUUUUCACGGUCAGCUGUGAACCACAACGCAGGAGCCAAAACAGCAGUCUCCAACAUCAUCAUGGCUGUGACGGUUAUGGUCACACUUCUGUUCUUGAUGCCAUUGUUUCGGUAUACACCCAACCUAGUAUUGGGUGCAAUCAUUGUCACUGCGGUCAUUGGCCUUGUCGACAUCCCAGCGGCGUACCAAAUAUGGAAAGUCGAUAAAUUCGACUUCGUUGUUAUGUUAUGUGCUUUCUUUGGUGUUAUCUUUAUAUCGGUCCAAGAAGGACUCGCGCUUGCUGUGGGAAUUUCUAUAUUCAAGAUGGUAUUGCAGAUGACAAGACCUAAAACAGUGGUGUUGGGAAACAUACCUGGUACUGACAUAUUUAGAAACAAACAUCAGUACAAGGAUGCUGUCUCAAUCCCAGGUUUCUUGAUUUUAAGUAUCCAGGCUCCCAUCAGUUUUGCCAACUCUAAUUAUCUCAAUGAAAGGAUUUUGAGGUGGAUACUAGAUUAUGAGGAGGAAGAAGCAGCCAAAAGUCAUUCUGAUCUCAGAUUUGUAAUUCUAGAUCUUGCUGCUGUAAGUGCCAUUGAUGCUAAUGGUGUGGCGUUUUUCCAAGAACUCAGGAGGGUAUUGGAGAAGAAGGGUGUUGAGCUUGUAUUGGUGAAUCCGGUCGGGGAAGUGAUAGAGAAACUGCAAAAGGCGGAUGGGACAAAUGAUCUUUUGCAACCGAAUAAUCUUUACUUGACGGUUGGAGAAGCCGUAUCGUCACUACUUUCAUCGAUGAAGGUAGGGUCGUCAAGCCAUGGUUAAACGAAAAAAUUAUGAAGGUUGGGUGUUUCAGUUGUAAAAUGUAGUAUGAUGGGGGGAAAAGAUGCAAGUAUUGCAAUCUAAAGCAAAGAUUUAGAUUCUUGGUAUUUAGGUUGUAUCUAGGGUUUGUUAGGAACCAAAUAUUGUUUUAAGGUUCCUAAAAGGACAUGUGAAGCAUUUACAAUGUAAUGUUUCGCUGACUUAUGUCGUGUUUUGUUAAUGCACUUUAGCUGCUUGAGAGUCGCCUUUA